GACUCUUCCAGCCCCCCGGACACCCUUGACUGCCCGAACUCUGGCCGUGCGCAUCCGGCCCGUUGGUGCUGGCAAAUCGUAUUGUCCCGGGACGAGCACGAUGAAGAAGCCAGUGUAUCGUUGAGGGAGAGAAGACUGUUGAGCUUGCACGUUGGCCGACGCCGUCUUGUUGCUUGUGCAACUGCCGGCGUUCGUCGCCGGGGUCAAGGAAUACUAUUGGAGCGCGGCCUGGGCGGAACAGUCGUGCCCUUCUAUUCCCCUUCACGUCCCCCCAUGCGAAGGAUCGACCUGUUUCGGCCAAAUUCGAGGGAUCGUCGUCCGCCCCAAAUUCGGAGGAUAUUGGCUUGGUGCGGGAGAUGCCGGGGUAGAAAGGGGGCCCUUUUCUAG